ACACUGCAGCAGUGUCGCCGCUCAGUUCCGCCUCUCGUCCUGCAGGCUGUAAACAGCCUGUCCGGGCCCCGUCCGCCGUGCGUGCUACGUCACACGCCAAGCCCCGCCCCCGGCCUGGCUGUCACGCACCAGUUACGUCUGACCGUAAAAAAUAGAAACUUCCAAGAUGGCCGAGUCCGUGGACUCCAUGCAUUUCGCAGCGAACAGCAAAACAAAUUCCCCCAAACCUCUGAUAGCCAAACGGCCGCCCGAGAGCCGUCCGCAGUCUUCCAGCGACAUUUUCCCACCGCCCCCCAAGAAGGUCCGCGUGGAGGAGAAGGGCCUGAAGCACAGGAAACUGAACGGAGAGGUGUGCGCAGGGGAAAAACACAACGGGAAGCAGAGUUGUGGAAGCCCAGCGAAAUGGAGUUUCGGCCCGGCCAAGGCGAGCCACUCGGCCGCCGCCGCGCUGCCGGCGGCGCCCGUCCGGAAAAUCUUCAAAAUCAGCAACUUCCUCGCUUCGCCGCUCAAAGUGAAAAAGGCGAAAGAGAAGCGACACAAGGAGAAGAGCAGCGGCGAGGCGCCGCGGAGCUCCGCCGCCGCCGCCGCCGUGGAGAAAGUGAGCCCCGCUAGCUGCCAUACAAAGACCGAGAACGGCGACGUGAAAACGCCACCGAGAGAUCACCGUGUAAAGGAGAAAGACAGGCCGAAGAAGAAGGACCAGAGUAAAGAGUGGAAAAAUCACAAACUGCCACCUGUGCAUGACAUUGCCCGAGAAAACGGAGAAGUGACCUCUCCUCAGAAAGAGUCGAAAGAGAAGCUCAAAGCCUCCUCGGACGAAGACCUGCUGCUGAAGAGGCUCAAGAAGAAGAAGAAAAAGAAGCACAAAGAUGGCGAGCGCAUCAAGGAGAGGCACAACCGGCCCAAAAUGUACCACCGCUCGUGCCAGACCGUGUGCUCGGGAGUCGCUCUGGGCCUGCCCGAGUUCCUGGGCCGGAUCAACGGGAACAGCAGCAGCAGCCUGAUCCACAGCGCCCCCGCCCCCCCACACCACCAGCACCACCAGGACCCUGCUCUCCCCGCCACCGCCGCUGCGCCCGCCCCGCUCUCCUCCGUGGUCCGACUGGGCUACGGCUCCACGCUCCACUGCACGCCGCCGCCGGGCCUGGCGGGGCUGGAGUUCGGCAGCCUGAUCCACAUCGAGCAGCAGCCCAACGGGGGCGCCUCGGUGGCGCACGCCUACAGCGAGCAGCUCGCCGGGCUGUCGGCGGCCGAGAUGGAGCGCUUCGCCCAGGAGUUCGUGGCCCUGUCGUUCAGCGAGGACCACAACCAGGCCGCCCGCUACGUGAUGGGAAUCAUCCACGGGGCGGCCUCGUACCUCCCGGACUUCCUGGAGUACUUCUCCUACAAGUUCCCCAACGCGCCGGUGAAGAUGGAGGUGCUGGGGAAGAAGGACAUAGAGACCACCACCAUGGCCAACUUCCACACUCAGGUGAAGCGGACCUACUCCAGGGGGACGUACCGCGCCGGCGCCAUGCGGCAGGUCAGCCUGGUGGGAGCCGUGGACGAGGAGGUCGGAGACUACUUCCCGGAGUUCAUCAACAUGCUGGAGGAAUCUCCUUUCCUCAUGCCCCCCCAGCAUCUGCUGAACCCGCCGCCGCGCCGUUACGUAACCGGAGUUUCUCCCCCCGUGUCUGCGCAGCGCACUCUGCCCUGGGGGACCUUCUCCAGCCUGCGGCUGCAGAGCCCCACCGAGAGCGACGACGGCCCCAUCAUGUGGGUCCGGCCCGGAGAGCAGAUGAUCCCCAUGGCGGACAUGCCCAAGUCCCCCUUCAAACGGAAAAGGUCCACGAACGAGAUAAAGAACCUGCAGUAUCUGCCCCGAGCCAGCGAGCCCAGAGAGAUGCUGUUCGAGGACCGCACCAGAGCCCACGCUGACCACAUCGGCCAGGGCUUCGAGAGGCAAACGACGGCCGCCGUCGGCGUGCUGAAGGCGGUGCGCUGCGGAGAGGAAAGCGACACACCCGCCCGGAUCACCAAGGACGUGGUGUGCUUCCACGCAGGGGAUUUCCCCGAUGUGGUCAUGAGGCUUCAGCUGGACCUCCACGAGCCCCCGCUGUCCCAGUGCGUACAGUGGAUCGACGACGCCAAGCUGAACCAGCUGAGGAGGGAGGGGAUCCGAUACGCCCGCAUCCAGCUGUACCACAACGACAUCUACUUCAUCCCCAGAGGCGUCGUCCACCAGUUCAAGACGGUGUCGGCCGUGUGCAGCCUGGCCUGGCACAUCCGACUCAAACAGUAUCACCAACACGAGGGGGAGGAGGACGAGGAGGAAGACGACGAAGAAGAAGACGAGAGUCGGGAGGAGAAGUGCCCGGCAAGUGAUGCAACACACAACAUCAAAGAGGAAGAAGAGGGGAGAGAGUGUGACCUUGAUGUACAGACUGUCACAAAGCAGCAGGAGGUGGACGCCGAGGAAGGGGAGGCGCCGGCCUCACAAACUCCAGCAGCAAUUUUCAAAGAGCGAGAGGACAGGGACGAGAGGAAGGAGUCGCCAACCGAGGCGCCGCCCUCGGUCAAAGAGGAAAGAGAGGAGUUUGUUCUCUGUCCGGCGUUAAUGGACCCUAAAGCUAAGGAAGAUGUGAAGGAGGACACAUAUCAGGCCCCGCAGAGGGGCCACAGGGAGAGCGCAGUGGAGGGGGCAUCCGUAAGGUCUCUACAGCUGAUUAGGAAAGAGGCUGAUGUGGAGGAGGAGCAGCCGCUGCAGCAUAAGACGGCCAUGAUGGGUCUAGCCCUGAAAGAGAGGAGUAAAGAUGGCACGGCCAGCACCAACAACACGCCACAAAUCAGGAAGGAGAAGGACAAGGGGAAGAGGGAGCGAGAGGAAAAGGAGAGGCCUAAAGAGAGGAAGGACAAGGACAGGAGUAAGGACAGGGAGAGGAAAGACAGGGAGAGGAAAGACAGGGAGGAGAGGGUGAGGGCCGAGGGAGGCCGAGAGGGAGGCACGCCCACGAAGAAGGAGGAGGACGAGGAGCCCAGCAGAGAGGGCGGCAAAGCCUCCCAAACGGACGAGAAGUGGGCCAAGGAGUGGGACCCCAAACCCCAACCCCACAUCAAGAGAGAGAAGGAGCAGGAGAAGGAGCGGGCGGGCCCGCAGACGCCGGCCCACCAGCGGCCCGAGAAGGAGGAGGCCCGAGACCCCUGCAAACACAAGCCCUCGCACGGCAAGAAGGAGAAGAGCGGCCACAGGGAGGGCAAGGACGGCAGCACGCCGGGCCCCCAGGGGACGCCCGCCAAGCCGGGGAGGGACGACCCCACCAAGACACACAGACCGGCCAACCCUCCGCUCAGAAAAGACGGCAAGAAGGAGCGAGAACUCAGCGGCAAGGAGGAGAAGAAGAGGCCCGCCCCCGUUUCCACGCAGCCAGAGCACAAGCCAGCACGGACUCUGGUCACCUUUGACCUCUUUAAACCCAUGGAGGCCCAACAGACUUUGGCCCUUUCCUUCACAGACAAAGGAUCCAGACCGCACCACCACGGCGACUCUCGGGGCUCCUCCUCCAAGUCCGGGUCGGACAGUCGGACACUCGUUCCUUCCAAAGGACCAAAAGUCAAAGACUGCGCGCAGGGGAAGCCCGGCGCCGCGCUACAGGACACCGGGCACUCUUUAAAACAGCCCCUGAAAACAUACACACCCCACACACACAAAGACUUCUUGAUAUGA